CCGAGUCAAAAAAAAAAAAAAGUCAAAAUUGGUUUCUCACCGGCGAUUCUAUCAAUGGCGAACAAAUCAACGCCGUCCUCCUCCUCUUCUCCUCCCGUAGUUGCAGAUGAAACGCAAGACUGGAUGGUCGGAGCCGGGUCGGGUUGGGUCGAAGCUCGUACAUCUUGUGAUCACUUGAACUCUCUUUCUUCCGAUUUGAUUCACUUACCAACUCCUGAUACUCCUUGUUCAAGGUGCCAAAAUCCAGUAGAGAACUGGUUAUGCCUUUGUUGUAAAGAGGUUCUAUGCAGCCGUUUCGUGAACAGGCACAUGCUUAUGCAUCAUCAACAAACUGGUCACUGCCUCGCACUCAGUUAUAGUGACUUGUCGGUAUGGUGCUUCUGCUGCGAGGCGUAUCUUGAUGCUCAGAUCAUAUUGCAGCUGAGACCAAUUCACCAGGCUGCUUACAUUCUUAAAUUUGGCGAGGCCCCUCCUUUACCCCAACUCUGAGCACCAAUUACCUCUCUUUUUCUUCUUACCUGGUCUUUGCUUUUAGUCUCUCUGGAUGUAUUAGGGAAGAUAAUGUAAUGUCGUAUACUGAGCUCUUGUUGUGUUUUUUCUUGGUUCCAUGAUAGCCAAUGAGGUUUAUAUUACGUUAAUUAUCAUCUCACUUAAAUUAGUGUGAGUUUAAUAAAAGUUAAAUUUCGAACAAA